UAAUACGGCAGCGCGCUGGCAGCAAGCACGGCGGCUGGCAGCAGCAGACAUGGGAUGGGAUUGGCCGACCAUCCGACAGCUUGCGAGCGCAACGCCGCCCGCCGAUUGGCUCGCGAGGCAUCAGUAUUAAUUUUCUUUUCUGCUGUGAGGCCUAUAAGCUAUUUAUGUCGGGCUGGGGUUGCGAAGGGCUCCAAUGCCCACGGUAACUACUGUGCAGAGUGGUCUAGCGGUGUGAAGGACCUUCUGGUGGUGCAACAGCAGUCGUCAGUACAUAUACGCCAGCCGCCGCUGUGUUGGAUCAAAGCUAGGCCAGCUGUUACCCCUGGCUCCCCCUCCCCGGCCAACGUGAACACUGCAGCCAGCUUACCCCUCCCGUCAGUCCUGCUGCACAAUCAGCCCCCGUUGCUGCAGUCACCAAGUAACCAGUUCUUCGGCAGUUCAUUGUGUGUUUAUCGUUAUUUGAAAAAAAAGGGGAAAAAAUCCUGAAACUUGGACCGCUGCUUAUCGGAAAAUCGUCUAGUUUCCCAUUGAAGUGAAGUCAUCGUCGUUGCGCACACAUUAGCAGAACCAGCGCGAAGGGAGAAGGCAUACAGUUCCAGCGUGACCAGGAUUUAUCAGUUGUGUUCUCUGAGGUUUUAGGACCUUAGAACUUUUGAACCUAUAGAAUCUCGAUGCAGGUAUGUACCCACCAUGAAUGCCUGUGAGGAAGGCAGCUCUUUGUACAAAUCCAUGUUUCUUCUCUUUUGUAUGCUUCAGUGGUGAAUACUGCUGUGUCCCCUCUGGUUAGCUUUUACGCUAGUGAAUGUGAGAAUUGUGGCAUACGAGGGAACAAAGGAGCCCUUAACAGAGAGGAUCAAAAGGUGAUUCACGAGCGCACCGAAGUCAGCAUAUUGCAAUGGCACAAAACUGCAGUUACUCUAGCUACCCCUUGUGUGCCCCAGUCAUGAUCACACUGGGUGAAACCAUGAUGGACCCAACCUCACACGCGCAAGUGGGAGGGGGAGGUGUGGUGACCCAGAAUGGCACCACUUCACCCGUGGCCCUGCAGGAGGACGGUACCAGCAAGACAAACCUCAUUGUCAACUACCUGCCACAAACCAUGUCACAGGAUGAGAUUCGCUCACUCUUUGCCUCCAUCGGCGAGCUGGAAUCCUGCAAGCUCAUACGGGAUAAACCAACAGACUCAAGGCUGACACAGAGUCUUUGCACAACUGGGCAGAGUCUCGGCUAUGGUUUUGUCAACUACAAACGACCAGAGGAUGCAGACAAAGCAAUAAACACACUUAAUGGGCUGCGGUUGCAGAACAAAACGAUAAAGGUGUCAUAUGCAAGGCCCAGUAGUGAAAGUAUAAAGGGUGCUAACUUGUAUAUAAGCGGAUUGCCAAAGUCUAUGACACAGCAGGAUCUCGAGAAACUGUUCUCCCAGUGUGGGAAGAUUAUAACGUCCAGAAUUCUAUAUGAUACAAAUACAGGCCUCUCCAAGGGGGUUGGCUUCAUUCGCUUUGACCAGCGUGUGGAGGCCGAACGCGCCAUCCAGAAGCUCAACAACCACAUACCCGAGGGCUGUAUUGACCCUAUAACUGUCAAGUUCGCCAACUCCCCGAGCUCCAACAAAAAUCUUGCGACCAUGACGCCCUUGGCGCUCGCCACAUAUCUGUCGCCCACGCGCCGCUUCUUCGGACCCAUCCACCACGCCACUGCCACCAGCAGGCUUAGAUACUCGCCCCUGGAGCCUGGUCUGCUACCCAACGCCAUUCUUCCCCCAACUCUAACCACAGCAGCGGCGGCUGCAGCCGCGGCAGCUUCGAGCACAGCCACACCAACGGCCCUCAACAGCACCGGCUGGUGCAUCUUUGUCUACAACCUGGCGCCGGAUACAGAGGACAGUGUCCUGUGGCAGCUCUUCGGUCCUUUUGGAGCUGUGCAGAGUGUCAAAGUCAUUCGCGACUACACAUCGGGCAAGUGCAAGGGUUUUGGGUUUGUGACCAUGACCAACUACGAGGAGGCCCUGGUGGCCAUUCAGAACCUCAACGGCUUCACCUUGGGAAACAGAGUCCUUCAGGUCUCCUUCAAGUCCAGCUGUCGGAAACCCUAGGUUCUGCAGCUUGUUUGGAACUGGUGUGACUGACCAGCCAGCUUUUUUGUCACAUGAUUUUCAAACACCAUGACCACUGCAGCAAAAGAAUUUAAAAAGAAAAACCAAAGCUUCCAUUCGUGGAGGAGGUUUUUUGAGGAUAAAAUCUCACUAGUUCAAUUUUAAAAGUCGAACCACUGGAGGAAAUUGAUGAAUGGACUGGGUUUUGGUCGUUCGUCCUUUCCUGCAAGUGGACAGUUUGAUGGACAGAAGAGAUGGGACAGCAUUUGUGAUGCAAAUUCAAGAAGCUAGACUGCUGCUGUGGAAGUGCAGCGCACAUGUGUCGUAUGCUUUGUGCUCGAAACUUGCAAGUAAUAUUAAGGAACCAACUUGUCCCCUUUUUUGGCUUCAUCACCUGUUUUCCAGUCAUCUUUCUUUUCUGUUUAUAAUGAAUUUAGUGUCGUUUUGCAUAAUGCCAGGCUUGUCGGUGUCACCAAAUUCCAUUCAAAAAAGUCGAUUCGUUCAUUUGGUUUAGUAGGGGAUGGGCUGGGUAGUGAGCGAGGGGGGAAGAAUGAUGAACGGCAUUAACGUUAAAAUUACCGAAACUCUCUUCUGUAAAUUUCUGGAACUGCUGAUAAAAAUCUCUGAAGACGGUUCGGGUAAUUUAGGACAAUCAGAGAUGUGAAACGGGUGCAAAAAAAAAAAAAAUUGUUUACUGGCUUGUUCUCGCGUACCGAACGAUGCAUUUUACCGGGUCUGUCGCGAAAGCGUUAAUUAGUGCAGCUGAGAGCGUCUAAAUGAAGGUUCACGAGCUUUUUUUCUUCGCAUCACGUGAUGCGGCGAUGAGCAGAUGGGGAAGGGUGGGGAUGGGGGUGCGUAUUUUGUUUUUAAUGUCAAGUUAAGGUAUCUUCAUUCGCAUUUUUCCCCCCAUUCGACGAUGUGUGAUAUCGUAACGUGGCACAAGGCACACCGACGGCGUGGACGGACGCGGCGCACCUUAGUGGUCGCUGUAGGUGUGCGUGGUUGAGAAAAGUUAGUUGUGAUGGUUCCUUGGCCUGCGAGCCAUGGCGAGGCAGAGCUAUCUUGUUUGUGCAUCAUUUUUGCAGCCCCUCCCGAUAUUGUUACAAGUCUGCAAGAACAACAAAAAAAAAUCUAUUAAAAAAAAACCACUUGUGUACGAGAAGCCUAAAGAGGCGAAUAGAUGUGCAUAAUGGAGCGGACACUCACCUCAACUUAUUUCUCUUUCAUUUUUUUUUUCUUCCUUCAUUCCUUUUUCUGUCCCCCAUCCAUUCUCCUCCCAGUUUACAGAAACAUCUUUUUUUAGGGAAACCUCGCACUAUUUUUUUUCACUCAGUUCCAAAGACUUCCCAGCACACACCUACAGACAGAUGACAGAUACACGACACUACAUUCACUCUUCCAUUUUCAUGCUGAGGAAGAACUGUUUUUCGGUGUUUUGCUGAUUGAACAAAAUUAUUUGAACUGCAAUCUCCCAAUCUUUUCUGGUUCGUCUCCACCCCAGUCCCGUUUAUUAUUAUUAUUAUUUUAUUUUAUCUUUUGAAUCUUUUAAAGAUUUCACCACUAAUAUGGUCUGGCUAUAAUAUUUUCUUGGUUCCCCAUAUCUGGAAUAUGAUUAACUUAUAAAUGUCUUGUUUGACUUUUUCCUAUGUAAAUUUCAGUUGUGUAUUUAAUUCAUUGUGUUUAUCGUUCUAGAUUAAUACGUGUUCUAGAGACAGUCUGUGAAUAUGAUAUUGGCAUAAUUUAUGAAUGAUUGUGGGAGAUUUUUCCUUUUUUUCCUUUUUUUGUCUCUUCAUUGCACGUAGCCAGCGCUCAAUUUCUUAUAUAUUCAGUAUUGUUACCAUGUUGUCCUAUUGCUUUGUUUGUGUUUUUUCUCAACCACAAAGUUUUUUUCGUGGUUCAUUAUUAAAUUUCUGUUCACUUUCAGUUGUGUUUUUCGUUGUUUUUGUCAACAGCAUGAUUUGAAUUGAGUUCGAUUUACAAGUUGCCUUUUCUGUUCAUUUCCUUUUCUUUCUUCUUCUCUGUUCAUCUCACGAUUUUGAGUUCUUGGUGUUACGCUGUUUCAUUCUUAAUGCCAACAAGGCAAGGAAGAGAACAAUUGUCCUGCACGUGGGCUGCAACUGAAAAAAUUUGCGCAGGGAGAUUCACAAGCCCUGGGGUUAAAAAUGAUGUCCAGCUUGCGCGAAACGUUCGUAUUAAUAUUUAAUAUUUAACUGUCAUAACUUUUGUUGACGUUGUUCUUUGGUUGGAAUGACCUGCCCGCUCCCCCUCCCCUUUUGGCAUGUGCGAUUUGCUGCGUUUUAGUUUUUUUAGUAGCCAGCCAGUUCAUCGGCUUUCUGUUUUGCACAGAACUUGUGACUUGCUGCAGUUCUUUUUGUCCAUCACUUGCCCGCUCAUUAUUCACCCAGUCUCCGCAUGCCUGACUCUGAAACUAACACACAUAAAGUAUAUUAUAUAUUAUAUCUAUCUUAUCCUCCGUGCGAGGCCAUUUGAUGUAGGUACUUUGUUCAGUGACUGCAAAGGUGGUACUUUCUUUUUGCGGGAAGUGCCAAAUGGGGGGGCUGUCGAGUCGUUGACGUUAAUUCAGACCCCCCCAAACCCCACCCCCGUGUAUACAAGACUUUUAAAGUGUCGCCUCGAGUGCAGUGCCGAGUGCCUAUAUAGUCGCUAGAAGAAUAGCUUUGAGGGAGAGUACAUUUAAGACGACUCUGCACAAUACUUGGCAAGCUAUUCUCAGAGCAGGUAUGAACGAGUCUGCGGAAAUACCCGUUCAUAUCUGCUUUAGACUGUUUACACAUCAUGAGAGAACAUAAAAAUAGAAAUAAGUCUAGAGAAUGCUGAAUUUUUAUAAGCAAAUACACCCGAUCUUCCAGUGAUGCAAAAUACUGUUGAAUUUAACUUUUUUGGAUGGAAUUUUUUCAACAUAAUGUUUAAAAAGGUCACAUGACUCUAUUUGUGUACUAUUGGAAUAUUUCCAGGAAACUUUACAUUGUUUCCACGGCUUCCCCCCUCGCCCCCCUUAAUUAUUAUCUUUGUCAAGGUGUUUUACAUCUGUGUCAUUUUUGAAGGCAUAUCUCUGUUCUGAUCUCAUUUCUAGCCAUAAUGCUAAUGAAGUUGUUGACUACUUUUGACCACAGUUUGUAUUCGAAACAUUCCUUUUUGGCAGAUGUAUUCAGUAGCCUUUUCAUUCACUCGGUAUGCACAAUGGAAUCAGUUCCUCACUUUCCUUUCGGAUUUCUUGCGGUAUGGGGGCAGAAAAAAAAAGUUAAUCCGACGAACCUGACCAUGUGUAAUCUUGCUGUGUCAGUGCGGUUAAUACUGGAUUCGCAGCAGUUUUGUUUUCAGGGGAAGAAAUUGCAGAGGGGUUCCUUGUGCUUUAUUCUCUUCAAGCAUCCAAAACGUUUAUCGUGAAUUUAUAUGUCCUCGAACAAUUUUUACAUGAAGAAAAACCAAAAAGAUUCUGAGGAAUUAGGUCAGCUUUUAUAGUUAACAUUUUUUACAGAAAAAUAAGAGAUCUGAGUUUUUUGGCAAAUGUUGUUGGAAAUUUUUACAUGUCAUUGUUCUAUUUUGAGAUGCGCAGAACAGAAGAUCAAUUAUUCUUUUACCCCAUGUGUACGUUCUCCACGUGAGGUCACACGUGACUAUGAUGAGCCAUGUUGGCCACCCCCUCCCCCGCCCCACCUCCCAGAGGCCGUGACAUAUAUGCAAUUCCAAUUUGAUGCUACCCAGGUUUGUGAAAGAGUUCAUCUGAAGUGAGUGUAGUGCUUUUUCGUAUGAUCUUUCCAGACCAGUCGCUGUCGUCUCCUAGAAACGAAAUCAGUAGACCUCGUUAGCUCACUCAGCAUGCACUGACCCUCGUGGACGGACCAGAGUGACUAGGCAGUGGCUAGGCAAUGCGCCAUCCUUGGUCAGCUGCAUAUAUCUAAGAGCACAUUUCAAGGGAGGAUGCGGAUGAAGCGCAGCUCUUUAUGGCUACCCAAAUUAUUUACCUGUUUUGUCUUUGCAGAGGUUCUAGUCACAUUUCUAUUUCAAAGCCACUUAUACACUCUAGUCUUAAGCUAUUAUUUGAUUCGAUAUACUGCUGCUAGACGUCGGUUGGAGUGGUGUGAUUAUAUUGUCAUUUUUAUUGAAACUGAAGUGGAUAUACUGCCGUCUUCUUUUAAAGCCACCGUUUCUUUGCCCUCCCUGACAAGCGGAAGCGCUGAUGAGAAACAGCGAAGUCGCACAUAGACGAAGCCUUCGGUUGGUUUAUAGGGCUAGGAGGUACAUAGAUAUUGGAUCUGUUAGGUUUACAGGAAAGCAGUUUUGUGCUGAAAGAUUGCCUGUUAAUAAUCAAGUGGACAAUUUGCGAUGGACAUGACGAUCUAUUGGACUGCGCUACGUUUCCCACAAAGCUUUCCGAGUUCGUAAUUUAUCAUUUAACAUUUAGUACCUAAACCUCCAUUUUAAAGUCGGAGGUAAUGCUUUCUUAUCCUCGAACGCUAUUCAGGAAGUAGCUUUAAGUCACCUCGAUACACAGAAGCAACAGGCAGCUGGUUGUUGUUUUUUUUUUUCUCUCUUUUGGUCGACGCAAGGUAGCUGACAAAUCAGAAAUAUUCUGCCGCUGGUACAAAAUGCAGCACCUGACUGCCACCAAGGAAACUUUGUCGAGUCCUGUGUUCUCAAAGAAUGUUUCUAAUGACGACCUAUGGUAGGGUAGGCAGAAACAUUUUGCAUAGACCAGUGUGGCUUUUCCUUUCAUAUACUAACUGUGUGUGCUUUGUCGGCUGACGUUCUUGUCAGGGCUUGGGCAGCCUAGUACUGCUCUGUGCGUAUGUAUGUUUUUUUUUUACAUCUCCCAGGGAUCCACGGAGGCAGCUGCCCAUUCGGACCCCACUCGUAGCGGCUAACCACUAGAUUUAACCUGUUGAGUGUGGAGUUUCCCCUCCCCCCUAAUACGUAACUGCCUGGCUGUUUGCAGAGGGCGUUAAGGCAAGUGGUUUCAAUCUCGUUUUUCACUUGGCUGGGGGAGAGAGAGAACAAAAAAAAAACCACUACCCAUUCUUACUUGCCCACAAAUUGUCCACUGACGAAGCAGAUCAGCUAAUACAGAAAAAAGGCUCAUCGUCUUUGCUUGGCUUGAGGUCAAGAAAGAGCGACCCCACCCCUCCUUCACCCUCACCAAAAUAAAACACUUCCAUCCUGCUGUUUGUUCCAGAACCCCCCACCCCAUGCUCGCCUGCCCUCAACCCAAAGAGCCAACAAAAGUUAUGAUUGUUUUGGAUCGAUUUCACGCGUUUGUUUUUCCCCUUCCUCCCCCUCUCUGCCCCGAACAUUUAAACUAAGCUUUCGAUUUUGUCUUGGAUAUGAAUUGCGCCUACCGAUUGACGUCGGGAAGGUUUUCGUAGAUGUUUAGCUGUGUUUAUAUUUCAUUAAUGGCUUUUUAAUGUGUUUUUUCCCCAAUUCUGAAUUUGUAGUUUUUUCAUCCAUUUUAGACGUUAUGAGGACUCACCGUUUCCGGUGUGUUUUCCUUGAUGAUUCCGAGUUUCAUUGUUCAGUGUUCAUUGUUUAUCGCGUUAUUUCCACUUUGAAUUCAUUCCAGGUGUCCCUGGACACUGCAAGCAAACAAAAUGAAGAUGGCUCAAGCAAACACGUUUUGCUUGAUUAUUGUCUUGAGUGAACUGGUUUUAGCACAGCUUCUUACUAUAACCCUCCCCCCUCCAUUAAUCAGUGCUCCGAACUUCCCGUCCUCCCCAACUAUGCUUUUCUCACACAUGGACGCAGAAAAAUAGAUGGAUUAAAAAAUGUAAUUAAAAAAAAAUGAUCAACAGCAACUACUUUGGGCAACAUCUGUUUUGGGACUAAAAGUAUGAUGAGAAAAAACAAAAAAUAUUAAGUAAGAGAGAAAGAUCUGCAGAGAAGUUAAAGUAGAGAUAAAAGUACAAGUCCCGCAGCAAACAGCAUAGUGUUUUUUUCGGUAAUCAGUAAUAACUUUUCGGGAACCAGAAAUAACUGCGUAUUCUGGGGAACUGAUUAUUGGUGGACUGAACGUAGUUGGGUUAGUGUCAAUGUGCGCGCUAAAUGUGAUAUUAUUCUGCGUGCGUGCAUGUUUGUAUAUGUGUGCGUGUGACAUGAGUAAAGUUUCACACCAAAAAAAAAAAAAGCAGGAAAAAAGCAUAAAUGCUUUGGGCGUUCGGAUCAAGAUAUACACAUUGUAUAGUUUGAAAAUAAGGUUACUAUUUCAAAAUGAGAACACAAUGGAGUAUUCAGUGGAUUAAGAAAGAAAAUGAUAAUGUGAAUAUUGCUGCAGAGCAACAAGUUAAUGCAUUCAGGAUGACAGGUUCUGGGGUGUAUACAUGUGAUAUUGCCUGUUGUAGACUCGUUGAUGGGACUGGUAUCAAAGUUUUUACAAGGAUAAAGUUUUCCUAUUCUCACCCAGCAGCUGAACGAUAUAUUAUCGCUGGAGCAUGUGAUAUUUCUCUGUAUCUCCGUCAGCCAGGCUUGCGUUGAACAAAAAAUGUCUUUACCAGAAGAUAAACACAUUUUGGCCUUUAUUUUCAAUUUCACUGUGAAUCUGAACCGAGUCAGCAUUCUUUAACGCAAACUUUUUUCAGAAACUUGUAAAGUUUAAGAGCUUUUUCAUUAAAGGAAUAAAAUUAUGGGUUAAAGAAUCACGCGUUACCGGGGGCAAGGGCGGGGGCGAGUGAUUGAACAAGCAAACUAACCAAAAAAAAAAAAAGGCUGAUAGCAAUUAAGGCCUUCUAGAUUUUAUAAUGCCAGCGUCGGGAAAAUGUACGAUUUGUUAUGUAAAUUGCAGUUGUUAAACUAUUAGAUGUUAGUUGAGUUUAGAGAGAAAUAAUUGCAUGGUUUCUUGUUUGAGAGCGAAUUCCAUGGGUGAAGAGCAGCUCUGCUCGUUUUGUAUCCUUGGCUCUGUGCCAAAUUGACAAUAAGCAUCCAAAGCAAAUUUGAUAUGUUAUUGCUUUUUUUAAAAAAAAAGAAAAGAAAAAUAACACAUGUUAAGUAGUUCUCGAAACUUUUAUCAGAAUAUCAGAAACAAGAAGAAUGGCUGAUGUUAUGUGACGGUGAAUACAACUAUUUAUGUUGACGUCCGGUCUCAGAAAACAGAUUCAGGCUUUUUUUUAAAGCAAAAGGGUUGAAAUGGUUGUUGAUAGAAAACUGAUGCGCCAUUUUGUUCAGAGGGGCCGGCAGUUCUGUAACGACCUCGGUUUUUUUUUUUCACGUUUCAUAGCAGUCUCGUGAGUAGUUACAUUUAGCAGCAAUCUUCCUCCCUGUUCUCGGUCAGCUGAUAAUGGCAUCGACUUGAGAGAAGACGACCCCAAACCUUGCUCCAUUCGACUCACAUCUCUCUCUCUAGGGCAGGCUAGAAAAGAUACUCCCAGGUCCCCACCACCACCUUACCAUCACACUCCCUCCCCACGGUCACUGUCGCCGGGCUAGGCCCUAAAAACUGUUGGCACUGGGCUCAGCCGUGUCCACCCCUCGCCUCUCCGCCUCCAGUAGCGGCCGUGUGGUGGCUUGACAAUGGCGUGAGAGAAGUGUGUUGAUGCAUCUUCGUUCCUCAAGAGGUGCUGCUGAUGGCGUUUCUCUUACAUUUCUAUAGAGAACUACGCCGGUGGAGAUCACGAUCUAGUCAUUUUGCUAAACGAUGUUUGUUUCUUUGUUUACUCGGUGCAGGUAAUUAAAAGGAGACAGGAUCCUGGAACGGCGCCAGCAGUUUCCUCAGAAGUCGCGGUUGGUCGGGUCUUUGCCGAGCACCAACUCUUGUAACGAGGGAAACUAUCGGCUAUCAGAAUGUACUGUCGCAGUCCGGUUGACCUCCUACACCUUCUUACCCUCCCCACACCUCCUCCCCCCAAAAAUAACCGGUAGGAACAUCCGCUAGCAGCGUGAUGAUCUUUGUGGAGGCUUUAAAGACAGAGAGAGAGAGAAACGGAGUCGAUCCACAGUAAGGACAUCAUUGGCGCCAACACUAUGAUCCGUUGCUUUGGAAGGAUCAUGUCUUAUUAUUCGGUGGAUAAUCUGGUUCUGGUUGUUAACAACGAUAUGGAAAAAAAUUCCUUAGAACACAGAUUCAAAAAGUCUUCGUUUUCCACUAGGCCAUAAGCUGCUGAGUUUCCACUGAGGAAGAAACUUAAGGUUUAAAAAAAAUAACAUGUUUACUGACCAAAGAGGAAUCUCGCGCAGACGAUCCCUAACAGGCUGAACGAGUAGACGGAGUGCCUACCAAAAUGCCGACAUACAUUUGCGCGCCAUUUUAGGUCCUCAGGUUAACUAAACUAACCUCUGCUGAUAGCCCCAUGAAAGUCGAAUAAAAACAAACACAAAAAAGUUAUAACCAUUUCUCCCCCUUUUCCCCAAAACGCAAUGUGAAGAAAAACCGUCACUGGUUCUGAAGAAGACUAUAUUUACCAGCUAUAGUUUACCUUUUAACUGUGUCGAGUUCUCAGUCUUAAUUAAGUCUACCCUUUGUAUGGGUCUUGUUUCCUUUCCUGACGUCUGCGUUAACUCCCGUAAGCCCCUGGCCGUCUGUACGUUCGUUUGUCUGUUGUCUGCCUCAACCGAUCCAUGCUAUAUUUAGAUUGUUGUCUCCGUUGACUUGGUAGUUGGUUGUAUUGCAAUAUUUGUACUUUUACAUGUGGAAACAUUUACAAAAUAAAAAAAGAAAAAAAGAG